CCAUCUGGAUUGGAGUCAACCAGUCUGAUGUUCGCAUACGGGUUGGAUUUGUUUUUCGCUCGGUUAACACCAUCAGGGACAUUUGACAUUCUGAAGGAUGACUUUGAUCAUUUGCUCAUUAGUGUUGUAUUGGUUGGUUUUGUAAUAGCGAGUGUAAUUUGUAAAAAAUUGGGUAAAAACCAUACGUUGAAACAGGCAUGGCAAUAA